AUGCCAAGAAAUCAGUUAACUCAAGUGGUAAUAACACUACAGGAAACAGUAGUAAUAGUAAAUCCAGUAGUGGGAGUAAUGGCCGAUCUAACAACUUCAAUGGAUCACCAAGUAAUGUUGCAUCAGGUAGCAACAAUACCAAGUCUGCCAACGGUACCAACAACCGUUUUCAGAAGAACAGGAAGUAAACUUACCAGUAGGUGGACGUCUGUUCCACCACAAACAAGUUUGGAAAGAAUUGGGUCUUCCAAACUUUUGUCAAGAGGUCAGGGUCCGAAAUCAGAUUGUAUCACAAAGGAAGUACAAGACUUGUUAUUAGACGAUGCCAUCGAACAAGUACUUCCAAACCGUUAUUCAAAGCGCGUUUUUUACUCCAACGUGUUUACGGUUCCAAAACCUGGAACGACUCUACAUCGUCCAGUUCUAGAUUUAAAAAGGUUAAACACUUACAUCAACAACCAAUCAUUCAAGAUGGAAGGAAUCAAGAAUCUACCAUCAAUGGUCAAACAAGGUUAUUACAUGGUAAAACUCGAUAUCAAGAAAGCCUACCUCCACGUUUUAGUAGAUCCACAAUACAGAGACUUAUUCCGCUUCGUGUGGAAAGGUUCGCAUUACCGUUGGAAAGCAAUGCCGUUCGGGUUAUCGACAGCUCCUCGUAUCUUUACAAUGUUGUUAAGACCUGUACUUCGAAUGUUGAGAGAUAUCAACGUAUCCGUCAUCGCUUACUUGGACGAUCUAUUAAUCGUCGGUUCAACAAAAGAAGAAUGUUUAUCCAACCUCAAAAAGACAAUGGACUUACUUGUCAAACUAGGUUUCAAGUUAAAUCUAGAAAAGAUUGUUCUCGAACCAACUCAAUUAAUUACAUUUCUCGGAUUACAAAUCGAUUCGGUAUCAAUGAAGCUUCUUGUUCCCAAAGAAAAGAAGAAAGGUGUCAUUAAGGAAAUAAGAAACUUUUUAAAACUAGAUUGUUGUUCCCCAAGAAAGCUUGCUGGUUUAAAAGGAAAGCUAAUCGCACUGAAAGAUGCAGUCAUCCCAUUCAGACUUUACACUCGUCGAACAAACAAAAAUCAGUCUGUUUCCAAGUUACGACUAUGUUCUUACAACCGAUGCCUCGGAAUCAGGUGCAGGUGCCACACUCAAGAAAGGAAACAAGGUAAUCAAAACUUGGUCAUUCCAGUGGUCAACAACUCAAUCAAACAUGUCGUCAAAUCGUCGAGAAAUGCUCGCGCUGCUAAUGGCUUAUCAAGCGCUAUGUCGGAAACUGAACAACUGCAAGCUGAAGAUUCAAACCGACAACACUACCACUCUCUCUUACAUCAAUCGCCAGGGUGGUCAAAUACAAGAUCUCUCAGUUCUGUUCGAACAACUUUGGAAACAAUGCCUCAAGAAGAAAGUGAACUUGAUUGGAGAGCAUAUUCCAGGAUUCUUCAAUGUAAAAGCCGACCACCUCAGCCGUCUUUCAGAGAUGAAUCACAAAUCAUCGACCAGAGUAAUCAAGAGUUACAACUGGCAACUGAAGAAGGAAGUGUUCAAUCGCAUCCAACUUCAAUUCGGUCAAAUACAGAUGGAUCUGUUCGCAUCUCACCUGAACCAUCAAACGAGCAACUACUCAACAAUCAGAAUGAAUGCACUCCACCUCGAUUGGAGUCAAUGGAGGCAAUGUCUGGCCUUCCCACCACCCAUUCUUUUGCCUUCUAUCCUGGAGAAGAUGAACUCAUACAGUUCGAAGAAGGUUUCUACAAUACUGAUCUUCCCAAUCUGGAGAUCAGCAACUUGGUAUCCGAUGAUUCAAGCUCAAGUUCCUCGUCAUCAUCGUCACAUGUUUCCUCAAGUACUGGGAACAUUCCAAGAAGUAUUGACCAAACAAUCAGUAGAGUCGAUACCAAUCCAGAUUCAACAACGUUGGAAACUGGGGAUUAUUCAACUUUCCAAUCUCAUGUAAUGUCAUUCGCUCGUACAACAAAUACAAAAACAGCUGAGCUGUUAAUGAAGUCUUGGGAACCUUCAACUCUCAAAGUAUAUAGCUCCAGUUAUACAAGAUUCCGCAAUUUCUGUACUUUGAACUCUUUGAAUCCAGCAAACAUAACCUUAGUUGUUUUCAUGGAUUAUCUUACACAUCUGUUCAAGCACAAACCUCCGUUAGCCUUCUCAACAAUUAACGGUCAUCGCUCUAUGUUGAAUCAGUUGUUACUCCUUAGGAAUCAAACUGAUAUUGUUAAUGAUCCAUUCAUUACAAGAAUUAUGACUGGUAUUCACAAGUUGCGUCCUUCAUCAGCAAAGUAUAAAGAGAUAUGGGAUGCAAACCAAGUAUUCAAGCACUUAUCUACUAUCAAAGUCAUCCCUAAGUACACAUACACUGCGCUAUUAAAUAAGACACUUGUACUCUGUAAAAUGUUUGGUUUAGCAAGAUCAUCAGACUUGGUGAAGUGGUCGUUCAAAGGUCUCAUUAUUACUCCUGACUCAAUCAAAGGUCCAGUUAUCAAUGCUAAAGAACAAAGAAGUGGUGUUGUUUCAAUCUUAGAAUUAACAUCGUUAGAUGAUACUAACUCUCAAGUAUGCCCUGUUCGCCACCUUGCAACAUACCUUAGAGCUUCUAAAGGAAGAAGAAAGCCCCAUUCGGGUGACUCUGUCUUUAUUAAGAAUGAGGGUGAACCGCUUCAAGUUAAUGAUAUUAAUUCAAUUGUACUAUCAACACUCUCAAAGUCAGGUAUUGAUAUUGUCAAGUUCAAAUCUCACUCUACCCGUUCCGCUAUGGCUUCUCUGCUGUUGUCCAAUAACGCUCCGUUCCACGUUGUAAAGAAGUUGGGUCGUUGGAAAUCAAACGAUACUGUAGAUACUUUCUACGAUAAAAGAAUCAUUGGUGAAAAAUCUGGUGGUUUCUUAAAUACUGUCGUCCAAAUUUCAUAA